AACAACUUGAAAUUGAACUUGAAGUUGAAGUUGCCGGGUCAACGGUGCGCCAACAUGAGCAGCUCAGCUGCAUUGCGCCCACCUGCCGUUCGUCUACCAUUCUUUCCAGGCACCAGGACACCAGCCUGCCACUUAUCAAGCUCAGCAUUGCAGAUUCGCUGGCAAAUUGUGCUCUGGCAGCAGCGUCACCUUCGCUCCCAUAAAAGCCUCGGCGCUCGCUCAAUGGCGGCCGCUCCCAGCAAUGAUGCGACACCUGGCACCCUGCAUGCAGGGGGGAAGACAGCUGUCGUCUGCGGCGCGGGUGCAAUCGGCGCGGCGACCGCCUACUUUCUCAGCAAGAAGGGAAUUGACGUGACCGUUGUGGAGAAGAGCGGGGUCGCGUGUGCUUCGUCCGGAAAAGCUGGCGGGUUUCUGGCGCUGGACUGGUGCGACUCGAGCCCCGUCGGCCCGUUGGCACGGGCGAGCUUCAAGCUGCACGAGCAAUUAGCACAGGAACUAGGGCAAGACUAUGGCUACCGAAGAGUGGACACUCUCAGCCUGACGGUGCAAGAGUCUGCGGCGAUCAAGCGGGCAACGAAGGGAGCGCCGGGGCUGCCUGCGUGGGUCGACGGGCCGGUAAAAGGCGCUGCGGCGAUAGGGGGAAAGCCCACGACUGGCCAAGUGCAUCCAAAGCUUUUCACACAGGCGCUGGUUGACGCAGCAAGAACUCGGUAUGGAGCAAAGCUGCGAAUUGGGGCGGUCGAGGCGAUUGAGCUGUCGGAAGCGCCGAGCGGGGGGAGGAAGGUGUCGCACGUGCUUGUGGACGGUGAACUGGUGGAGACGGACGCGGCUGUAAUUGCGAUGGGGCCGUGGUCCGGCAGAAUGAGCGUCAUUUCGGAGCUGAGUCCGAUCACGGGCCUGAAAGCGCACAGCAUCGUGCUGAAGCCCCCGCACCCCGAGAAGAUCUCCGCCACGUGUCUCUUCCUGAACUACCGGACGAGAAGCGGUCAGUCACUGGAGCCCGAAGUGUACCCCCGGCCGACGGGGGAGGUGUACGUAUGCGGCGUUUCGGAGGAGGGGCUGAGCAUCCCAGACGACCCGGAGCAGGUCUUGCCCAGGAAAGGGGCGCCCGACAUCCUGAAAACGGUCGCAGCGACGGUGAGCAGCGAGCUGGCGGACGCGGAAGUGACGGCAGAGCAGGCUUGCUUUCUGCCCAUGUCAGAGGACGGCGUUCCGUUGAUCGGGCAGGUUCCGGGCGUCGAGGGCUUGUAUGUGGCGACGGGGCACAGCUGUUGGGGCAUCCUGAACGCGCCGGCAACCGGAGCGGCGCUGGCCGAGCUGAUGGUCGACGGGAAGUCCAGUCUGGUGGACCUGCGGCCGUUCGACCCGCGGAGGUUUGCCGUUCGGAGCAAAGCGUUCUCCAGUUUCUACGCCCAUGCUAUGAAGCAUAGAGCCCACCUGUUCCUGCUCGGCAAAUACGAAGUGCUUUUGCCUGGUUUGGAGCCGCAAUUUGACAUUAUUUUGACCGUCUAG